GGUGUUUUGCGAAGGUUCCGCUUCUCCUGCUGACAAGUGCCGAAGACGAAUGGCUUCAUUGUUUUAAAACAAACUCGCAGUUCAGCUUUCGUUGAUUUCAAAACAAAAUGAAGCAGGGACAAUAAAGAUAAGCAUCGGUUUAACAUCUCUUCUGAAAGACAGCACCUCUGACAGUACAGUACUCCCUCAGUAUGGCCCUGGAGUGUCAGCCUAGAUUCUUGUGCUCAAGUCUCUGAAGUGGGACUUCAACCCAUAGCCUUCAGACUCAGAAACCCGACUGCUACCAAGCAAUGGUACCUGUCAGCUGCAUGUGCACGGCUGUGCAGCAACCUGGAAGGUACCAUACAGGCUGGUCACAAGUUGUCCCUUUUAAGAUACUGUACUAGCACAACUAUGCAAACAAUUCAAGUGAACAGGCUGUGCACAACGCAAAAAAAUCAGAGGGAAUAUUGCAACCAACUGAGGCAUGGCUGACAAUACUGAAGGGGAGGAACUGAUCCUAAAACAGUCAUAUUGUGAUGAAGAAAUACUAGAUGAACAGGUCAUUUGUUAAACUUGAAGUAUAUUAAUGAAAACUCCGAGGAAAAAGACAGAUUCAGCUUUCGUAGCAAUAAUAUCGAAACCUCUACCAUUGAUUUGAGGAAACUCUCGUCUUUAAACAUGGUAUUGUUACAAAUAUCAAAAAUGUCAACAGCUUCAACUAAUCAUUGCAGUUUUGGUACGUCACACUUUUGAUUUAAGACUAUUUCUGUAUUUCUUGCCAAUCUAAACAUGGAAAAUACUUCACCAGCAACGCAAGUGUGUCCAUUUUGUGGUAAAGCUUUUAAGCGGCUAAAAACACAUCUUCCUCACUGUAAGAUGGCCAGAAAUAUGAAUGGUAAAUCCAAUUCCAAAGAGGCAGAGACAUCUAUUGCAGUUCCUCAGCUAGAAUUAAAUUGCAAAUCAGUGAGAUCUCCAGCAUCACCAAGCAAGAAGAUGAAAGUUAAAGCAAACUCAGCAAAGACUUCAACGCAGAAAAAACAAACAGCAUCAACAAAAAAGCAGAAUAAUUCAACAGGUGUGGGAAAUGAAUCAUGGACUUCUGAUCAAACUGUUUGGAGUAAGGGUUUUAAUGAACCACAUUCCAGUCAAGGAGAUUUGAUGGACAAAAGAGAGGAAAGCAGGAAAAAAAGUCAACAGUCUGUUAAUUGGACAACGAAGGGACAAGCUAAAGAGGAGAAAAAAGAAAUGGGCAUAAAAACAAAGUCAAGUGAACAUUUCUUAGAACAAGACCAUGAUGAUGUAGAUCUGAAGUUAAAAAGCGCAACCAGGGCAAAAGUGAAGAGUACUCAAAAGAUUGCACAUAAUAAUUUUAUAAAGAAAGAACAAAAAAAUAGUGUGGACAGUUCAUCGAGGCUCUCACUGAAUGAAAAACGAUGUGCUGACUUGAUACCAAAAAUUAUAUUUUUUCCAAAAGUCAAGUCAAUUCUUAAUUUAGAAGGUAUUCAGAUUCGACCAGAAUUUGAGAAGGAGACAGCUGUGUUGGAUCUGCAGGCCCAUGUUACCGUGCCUCAGUCAUCUGGCGCUGGCAAAACACAUUCACUUCACUUCAUAAGCCAAGAGAAUAUGGUUCCUCCGGUUGACACAAGAUGUCAAACUGACCAGAAUGAAGUCACAAAAGGAAUGGUCUCAAAUAAACUAACUUCUGAACAAAGUCCACUAACCAACAUCAAAACUAGUGUGUGGCAUCACAUCAAAGAGAAUUUGUGUAGAACAACCACCAGUGCAAAGCAGGAUUUUAUUUUGAAAGUGAACACAAGUGUGAAGGAAGAUGAUUAUAGAGCUGACAAUUUAGAGACCAGUCAUCGUAACUCAUCCACUAACAAUCAUGUUUGCAGCGUAAUUAUGGCUUCUGUUCAUGCGAAGGGCUUAAAUAAACAUGAAGGAAAUCUACGUACUGGUUAUGUGGCUGUGAAGAAAAUAGAACCAAGUGAUUGGACCACAAAUGGUGCUGUCCAGUCUGAAAAUUUGCAUUUGUUACAGAAAGAAAAUGCUUGGAAUAAAGACAUGUUUUUAUCAACAAGCUCCAGUAAAACAGUGUGUUUGGAUGGAAGGAUUAAAGAACUUCACCCGAGACUUUGCACAAAAACUGAGAUAGGAAUGGAUUGGUUUCCUGAACUUUAUCCAGGGUACCAGAGCAUUGGACUAAGAAUGCUUCCUGAGCAAACAAAACAGUUGGAAACACCCAUGAGGCUAUCCACCUCUCUGUGUGAAAAUACAAAAGGUUAUCGCAAGUAUUACAAUAAAUACAUCAGUGCAAGAAGAGGAGUCGUCGGAGGUGCGAUCACUUUGUUUUUGGGGUGUGCAAGCUUCAACUACAUCUGGAAUUAUAAUUGCAUCAAACAUGAUUACUGGAGAAAACACCACUGAAAACCAGAGACCAACAUUUAUUUUUCUGAUUCACUCCACUGAUAAAGCAAAAAUGACGGAGACAUUCCCUUAAGAAAAGAUAUCAAACCUUUUACAGUGGGUUUUAGUUGUGUGGUGUAGGAGAGGGCAAGGAUAAGGUGAGUGUACCUGAGUUGCUUCGCUGUGAAGGCAAUUUUAGAAUUACAAGCUGUAAUAAAGAUAUUAUUUGUAGGCUGUCACAUUUGUACGGAUGUUUAUAUAACAUGAUUCAAAAAUGUAUUUACCUGACUAUUACAAAUAAGAACAUCAUUUUUUUAAAAUCGUAAAAAUAAAUGUGACUUUUAACAAUGUAUUAAAAAAACUGACCUGUGAAUAUUACUUAAAUGGCAAUAAGCAAAAUCUACUUGCUUCCAAGAUUCUUGGCAUUCUACCACCCCAAUACAACCUUGUUCCAGAUGUCCUUACCUUUUGUCUAGGAAAAUUCAGCAUUAUGUAGGCAAUAUCAUUACUUCUUGAGAUAGAAGAAACCUGCACAGCAUAGAGCAUUCUGUUUAAAAUUCACUGAAAUGCACGAUGGAGUUGGUUAAAUUCUGAAACAUCGAGGAAAAUUGCCCUGUGCUUUCAUAAGAUUUGUACUAGGAGCUUGACUGUUAUGUUCCAAUAAAGUUUUUACUUGUA